AGGAUGUUAUCUUUUCCAAAAUUUGAUUACAGUGCAAAAGUUCCUCCGGCGUGGCGGCGCAAAAACCUGCCUUCUCUAUAAAACCCACUUGACUGACUCUAUCUCUCCUUCUACAUUAUAUAUAUGUAUAUAUAUACUUAUAUAUUUGCGUUGGGUGCUAUUGAUUUUAGAGAGAGAGAGUGAGGGAGAGAGAGAUUAAUAAAAAUGGGUGUGGGUCGUGAAGUAUCAAUCUCAUUGGACGGAGUGAGAGACAAGAACGUGAUGCAACUGAAGAAGCUCAACACUGCCAUCUUCCCUGUUCGCUACAACGAUAAAUACUACGCGGAUGCUCUCGGCUCCGGCGAAUUCACGAAACUAGCAUACUACAGUGACAUUUGUGUCGGUGCAAUUGCAUGCCGCCUCGAGAAGAAAGAAGGUGGGACUGUCUGUAUAUACAUUAUGACAUUGGGUGUUUUGGCGCCAUAUCGUGGGCUAGGAAUUGGUUCGAAGCUGUUAAAUUAUCUUAUUGAUCUUUGUUCCAAGCAGAACAUUUCUGAGGUUUACUUGCACGUUCAGACAAACAAUGAAGAUGCAAUCAAUUUCUAUAAGAAGUUUGGAUUUGAAGUCACGGACACCAUCCACAACUAUUACACAAAUAUUACCCCGCCAGACUGCCAUGUUCUUACCAAGUUCAUCACGAAGAAAUGACACAUCAGAGCAGUGUCCCUGCUAGGUACUGCUGGAUUAUUGUUCGCUUUACUAUUGGGCUUCACAUGUCAAUUAAAGCUGUAAUCCAGGAUCUAAAUUUUGAGGUACUAAGGUGAUACUAGAGGAAGUGAGCUGAUAAAUUAACCAUUUAUUUGUUAUGCUUCUGAUAAAUUGAACGUCUUUAUCAUUGAUCCUUUUGGUCCGAGGACAAUUUGAACUAUUGUAUUUAAUGGGGACUAGCAGAAGAGUGUACUCAAUAUAUGCACGGUUCAAUUUAAGGCCUUGAACUGGAUCAAUUUCUUUGUGUUA